AGGCAACUCUUUGUUGUCCUCUGGUCGCCUGGUGUUAGCCCGGAGGUGUGGGUCAGUCUGUGUUUGGUCCGGUGCUUGGCAGCUGCUUGUCGUGCUCGGUCUUGCGUGGUUCGAGGGUUCGGGUGAUAAUAACAGUAACAUGGCACUCAGAGGAAAUGGAACGCUUAUCACGCACAACAACUCGACCUACAUCCCACCUUCCUUAAUGCCCGGAUACUGCGGCUAUGUUCCAACUUCAAAGUACUUGUAUGGAGACACAUUCGGGAAUGCCACCAUCAAAUACUUUCAGGACUUCCGCAGCGGGGCAAUGGCCUGCAGCACGAUCCCGUACAGCCGCGGUGGGAUGUUCCCGUCCAUCUUCUCCAACAGCGGGCUCCUAGUGUCGGCCCAGCGGGCUAAGAGCCGCAGUCCCUACUGGGCCCGUUUCAAUGUGGACUUCAAACGCCAGGAGACGCUGAAAAGCUUCGGAGAGCUCUCUCAGAAACACCGGGAGAGCUAUAAGGACAAGACAGGAAAACGACUUCCUGUCAAACACUUCGUCAUCCCAGUGAAAGAGAGCGAAAAAUACUUCUGGAAGCAGAUGUAAGAUCUAAAGUUGUGUAGUCAAUACAUAUUCCUGUAAUGUUUUUACAUGUACCUUUACGUGCUAUUGUGAACAGAUGCGUAUAAAACAAAAUACUACUGAUGCAACAAAAAUAUUUGUUACUUAGACUGUCAUAACUGCUUUCAAUUUUAAAAAGCACAUUGUAGGCUAUUGGCAAUGGACUUGUUAAUGCCUUGUAGUCUGUAUGAACUACAUUUAUAUAUUAUUUCAAAAUAAAACAUACUCAACCACACAUUA